AUGGUGGACCAUACAAAGGCCCCACUACCUUGGGAUCUCCGCAUGCGCGUCGUCUGUGAGGCGGCCACUGGGUUGGCCUUCCUGCACUCAAGCCCUACCCUGAUAGCGACUCACUUCCCAGGAAUGACAGAUCAUACAAAGCCGCCGCUACCUUGGGAUUUGCGCAUGCGCAUCGCGUAUGAGGCAGCCACCGGGCUGGCCUUCCUGCACUCGUGUCGGCCGCCCAUCAUCCAUCGGGACGUGAAGGCGGCCAAUGUGCUGCUGGACGCUCACAUGCACGCGCUGGUGAGUCAACGCUGCCUGGCCAAGGUGUCAGAUUUUGGCCUCGCCAAGGUGGCAUCAGAUCAGUACACACAGCCCAUGGCGGUUACCAGCAUCAUGGGCACCUGA